CCAUUUUGUACGAGUCUGCGCGGUGCGAUUUUCUUUCAUUGGAAAGGGAAAUCGCCCCUCGGGCUGCGGGGGGAUUGCUCUUGUAUUUUGCAAGUGUAACAAUGAUGCGACCACAGCCAAUAUUACAGCAGAUGCGUAGAGCGCACUCGGCCGCUUGGAAGAAAAACCCUGAGCUAGACAAGAUAAUCCGUGUGGACCACGCGGGCGAGCUGGGCGCGGACCGCAUCUAUGCGGGGCAGAUGGCUGUGCUGGGGAGCACGGCGGAGGGCCCGCUCAUACAACACAUGUGGGAGCAGGAAAAGAAGCACCGCGAGAAGUUCGAGGAGCUCAUCUGCAAGUACCGCGUGCGGCCCACCAUCAUGACGCCCCUGUGGAACGUCGCCGGAUUCGUGCUGGGAGCUGGCACGGCACUGCUAGGCAAAGAGGCAGCGAUGGCGUGCACGGUGGCUGUAGAGACGGUCAUAGUUGAUCACUACAACGAUCAGCUGCGCACUCUGAUGGCCGACCCACACGUCGACAAGGACAUCCUGGAGACCAUCACCAGGUUCCGUGAUGAGGAGCAGGAACAUCACGACACGGGAAUUGAUCACGGCGCAGAACAAGCGCCGUUCUACAAAGCCCUUACCGAAGUUAUCAAGGCGGGAUGCAAAGUUGCUAUCACUAUAUCCAAAACUGUAUAAGUUUGUAACAAGUGAUAAUAGAAAUAUAGAAGUUGAAGAAUAUUUUUUCAUAAGUGCCUUCUGCAACAUUCCUGAGGGUAGUUUUAUUUAACUGCUUAAACAGGAAAAAUGAUUAAGAUUUCUUAAUUUUGUAUCUGUCUACGUGUCACGUCUUUAUGGUCACACAACAAAGUUUUGUCGAGGGUAGAAUUGGGAGGGGAGGUGUUGUGAGUUUAGCAUAGGACGAAUUUUUAUUUUUGAAUUUGAUUUAGAUGAUUCUAAGAUGUAGUAUGAAAAACAUAACAUACAAAC